CCUGUUCGGAUCAUAAAAUAAAAAGCUCGUAUUAAAAAAAUAAAAUAAAAAUAAAUUCUGUCAUCAAAUCAUCCCCCCAUAAAAAUCGUGAAGAAAAAAAAAUCAGGGGGAAAAUAAAAUAAAAAUUGGAUUAAAAAAAAAUAUUUAAAAAAUUAAGUGACACACAAUUAAUUAUUACAUGUCGUAAAUAUUUUAACACGACAAGUAAAUAAAAUAAUUACAAAGGAAAAUUAAAUAAAAAAAAAUAUUAAGACACAUCACGUGUAAAUCGUGAAAAAAAAUUAAAAGGAAAAAUAAUUUAAUAAAUUAAAAUAAAGACACAAAUGGUUGUGUUGGAUAAAUCCGAAAUGCUUACCAUUGGAAAUAAUCAAUAUCUGCAGCCUGAUUAUUUGGCUCCGAGCAAUAGUGUGGUAGGUGUCAAAAAAAUUGACUCAAAAAAGAGUCCUUUGGCACUACUUGCUCAAACAUGCAGUCAAAUUGGAGCAGAUUCAAGCAGCUUAAAACCAAUUGUCUUGGAUAAAACUAACAAACAACAAAAAUCAGAAACUUCUCGUUCGCCGACGGGACUUAUCAAUAACAACACAAUAAUUAAAAAUGGUGAAAAAACAAAUAACAAUAAUAGUGCAUCGCCUGAACUAAAGUUAGCAUUUAAGCCCUAUGAGGCAAAUGUACUUACGAGAAAAUUAAGCAAUAGUAAUACUCAAGAUGAUGCGUCGAAUCGACCAUCUUCAAAAAAUAGUGCUAAUGGAAAUAAUAACAGUGAACAAGAUAAUGCUAAAAAUCUUUCGACAAAACGUGUGCCAUCAAGAAGUAGUUCAGGCUCUCCCGUCAACAGUAAAAAUAUCGUCGAUGUCGUCGAAAAUGGAAAAUCGACGCCCGGAAGUAGUAACGGGAGUGAACGUAAAUCCUCGGGAUCGCCAAACGAAAAAGGCGCAUCUCCCAUCAUUCGUUCGGGAAUGGAAGUUUUACACGGAAGCCCAAAAGAUUACGGAGCAUAUCAAAAAGCUCUCGGAAUGGGAGCUCUUGGCGCUUUAUAUCCCGGCAUGGAAGCAAAUCCUGCUUUCCGUAAUCCAUACGCAGGAAUUUCGCAUCAUCACGCCGCAAUGUUAGCCGCAGCUGCGAGUUAUUCGGGAGCCGCUGCGCAACAACAAUCUGCUCAACAAACGCCAUUCAUGAGUUAUGCUCGUGUCAAAACUCCAUCAGGAGGCGAAGCAUUAGUUCCCGUAUGCAAAGAUCCUUAUUGCACAGGAUGUCAAUAUUCGGCGCAUAAUCAACAACUUCUCAUGGGACAACCGUGCCCUCAAGGAUGUACACAAUGCGAACAUCAAAAGCUCGGUUUAGCAAUGGCAAUGUCAUCUUUGCCUCCGGGACAUCCGUAUGCGUCGGCAAUGAAUCGUCAACCGUAUGUGUGCAGUUGGAUUAUGGGAGGACAAUAUUGCGGAAAACGUUUCGAAACUUCCGACGAAUUGUUCUCACAUUUGCGUUCACAUUCGCCAAGUCUUGCGGAUCCCGCAACAGCUGCGGCAACUUUAGCUGCCCAACAAAAUGCCGCACUCAUGAAUCCAUUAAGCAACUUGUAUCGUGCUUAUGCGAAUCCUCCGCUCAGUCCAUUGUCAGCAGCAAGAUAUCAUCCGUAUGCAAAGCCAGGCGCUUUACCUCCAACAUUUACCGCUGGAUCGCCAUACAGUGCUUUUAACCCCGCAGCUCUUGGACCGUACGCUGCUUAUUCGCCAUAUGCCGCUGCGGCGCUUUACAGUCAAAGAAUGGGCGCUGCACAUCCAUAAAUCGAUUUAAUUUAAAUAAUUUAGUAAACAAGAAAGAAUAGACAGAACUCUGUGAUAUAAAAUGACAAAAAAAAAUAUUUAGAAAUACAUUAGCUGACAAUGUGCAUUGGAUAGAAUACGAAAAGGCACAACUUCUGUAAAUAAUACCUUCAAUAUAAAGAUUAUUAUUAUUAUUGUGAACGAUACCAGUUUUAAAUUAUUAUUCAACAAAAUUUAUGUUUUUCAAUAGAAAACAGUAGCAAACUCUCUGCUCAAGCAUAUAAUUUAUUGUUAAUGCGCUCUACUGGUAGAUAAGUGUACAAACAAACAAGAGAGAUAAUUGUCCUAAAUAUUAUAUUAAAAAAAUUCUGUUAUUAUUUGGAAUAUUAAUCUUCUUGCAAUUAUUAGAUUUUUGAACUACUCUGUAUAAAAAAAUUAUUUAAGUAUAUUAUAAAAAAAAAAUCCGAAAAAUUACUUAGUAAUGAAUAUAAAAAAAUAU